AUCGAAAGUUGUUGACAAAGGAGCUAAUUAAGCACGGAGUAGCUUUUUGUACUUUUCCAGAGUAAACUCAUGUACGUUAAGCUCAGCUGAAGCUUGCUGCUGCUUCCCCACCUGGCUUGCGAACACGGGAUACGAACGGUCACAUCUCUCCAAAUGGACUCUCCAGUCAGUUCCCCGGUCAGACUCAAAGCAUAACAUUGCAUAUUACCACUCAACGUACAGAUCUCGAACCAUAUGCAUGGCAUCGAGAUGUCUCGACCAUAUGCUCCGGCUAUUUGGGCGCUCAUGCUGGUAGCCGCGCCUUUAGCUUACGUUAUCUAUACUAAGUCGAGCUACGACGCCAGAACUAGCAUUUCAUGUGUCGUUUUAUCAUCGUUGGAUCCGAACCAGAUAGAGCAGUUUCAACUUGAGGUCGGGGGCGAUCGCAAAGAACAAACCAUCCUGUCGCCCGAGGUACUGGCACGCCCACGAGAAUGGGUCGUGGCACAAGAACGUGUCCUCUCGAACCCUGUGCCCCUUACGAACAUGGAUCGCACCCUAGCGCAAGGAGCAUCCCAGGGCCUGGUUGAAGUUUAUAUGCGGACGACCAUGGGCUUGUUCGCACGUACGCCGCAGGCGUGGUUCAUGCGGCGGAUCAUCGGAGACCCAGGAGUCAGGAGGACUUUUGAUGCCGAAUAUCUGGACAGAUGCGACUUCGAAGUCGGAGAUCGUGUCUGUGGGGUGUAUGUAAUCACGUCCAGGACCCAGCCGAAGAACAGGUCUGACGGCGGAACGACGGGCGGCGAGAUGGUUGUCUUGAGUCUGUCGCCGCCAGGGGGGUGGGCUGGCCCAGUUGUGCGAGGCAGCUUGAUCGUCGGGUACAACAGAGAAGGGAAUAUGAUCCAGCUGAUCAAUGAGACGGUACUGUGGAGAGAAAAGAAGGAGAAACCCGUUUUUCUCGAGGGCGUGGUUGGAAGAUGGGCUCACUCGUUCAUGGUCCAGUGGAUGGUUCUAAGGGGGUUGGAAGCUCUUACAGCUUCCAGAAUAGACGUUAGAGGGGGACUUAAUAAACGCAGGUGAUAAUUUUUUUUCUUGGCGUAUAGCGAAACACAAAUAACUCAUUUGCAUAUUUGAGAGUAAACCUAUAA